AUGUCCUACGUAUCGGACGUCGAGUUUUAUCUGAAAUUGCAGAAGACGCAGUUUAAGACCCCAAUUGAGGCCGUCAAGCGCAACUUCAAGGCGAUUCAGAAACUCAUUGAGAAGCAGUCCGCCCUUUUGUCCAGGCACUUGAUCCAAUUGAAGGAGCUGGAAUUGAACGGCCAGCUCAGCAAGGAGAUCCAAAGGGAGAGAAUAGCAGUGCUAAUCAACAUCCAAACUCGAUUUCAUGACAAGCUCGUCACUAGAGUUGAAGAGCAUAACGAUUACGUCCAGCGAUUAGAAAUCAGGCUGCAAAGAUUCAAGGACCUGGAAAAGAUCCUUGAAAAGGGUAAAAACAGCUCGUCUGAUUUUGGCGAUGACUUUUUGGCAUGGACUAGAGAUCAAAUUAACCUUUUGAUAGGCUGCUACUUGAUGAAGAAUUUGAUCAACUUCAAUGGGGACAUAUCUCAGAAUAACCCAGGACUCGAAUUGCUGAAGCAUUUGAAACUCGAUAAACUCAUUGAUCAUGAUGUCAUCUUGAAAGGGAUAUCGAUUUACCAGAAGAUCAGAUAUGAAAAAGAUUUGAGUGUGUUAAUUGACUGGUGCAAUGAGAACAAGAAGAUACUGAAAUCAAUGAAAACGUCCUCGACCUCGGUAGACGACUCCAAUACGACUCAGAAGGACCAGUAUCGUACAAGCUUAGAUUUUGAAACAUUUUACCAAAACUUUAUAGAACUGAUCAAGGAAGACAAGAUUUAUGAGGCCUUGAUUAUUGCCAAAGAACACUUGAUGCCACAGGCUGGCCCGGAAGUACCUUCCACAAGUAAUUCCGCAACAACAUCAUCGGCUACGUCUUACUCGGACAAAACUCCAAAGUACGACAGCACUUUUGAGAAAUUCAAAAAGUCGGCUGGUUUGCUUGUUUUUGGAUCAUUAGAUAUAGAUGAACUCUUUGGGUUGUCUGGUUCUAAAGUCAAUAGCAGCAGAAAGGAUUCCCUUACUAACUCUGCGAUGUCAGUAUAUGACACCUUUUCAAACAGUUACAAUCAAAUUAAUAAUAACCUUAAGCCCUUCAAGGAGCUCUUAAAUGACGAAAAGUGGAUUCAAUUGGCAGAUUUUUUCAUCUACAACUAUAAUCACAUUUAUGGAAUUGACCAGAGCCUAGAGCUAAUAGUCAUGCUAAGUGUCGGAAUUACGUCUCUCAAAACUCAUAGUUGCAAUGGAUUCAAGAAUUAUUCUAAACAUGAUUUCCAAGACCCUCAGGUUACAUUUCAAGAUGUAUUGCAUAAUAUCGAAGAAUCCAAUGACAUAAGCAACGCCAAAAGUGAACUGAGUAUCAACGAUCUCAAUAAAUGCCCCAUAUGUUCGCUUGAGCUAUACGAGAUUGCACAACAUUUGCCAUAUUCUCAUCAAACCAAGAGUAAUAUAUAUGAGAAUCCGGUAAAGCUGCCUAAUGGACACAUUUACCAAUUGGAGAAACUUUUGAAAAUGAACGAAGCAUUUGAAAAACCAGAGAUUGAAAACCUCGAUGAGAUGUACAUCAAAGAUCCUUUGACUAAUGAGAUGUUCAAAAGGUCAGAACUUCAAAAGAUUUUUCCUACUUAA